AUGCCUAUCCAUACGUCGACCACUGAGGUCUCGAAGGCUAUUGACAGAUCGAUAGGUACAGACUUCUUUCCUCCAGCACAAACAUCAGAUGAAGAACGUUACUUUGUAACCAAUCCCAGGCCAGCCUACCUAGAUGACCUCGUUAAGCAAGCGCGCGAGUUUAUAGCUUUGCAGCAUUCAAUGGGGAGGGAGCGUAUUGUUUUAGUGACGUCUGGAGGUACUACUGUUCCCCUAGAGAACAACACCGUUAGAUUCAUCGACAACUUUUCGGCAGGCACUCGUGGUGCGUCAAGUGCGGAGCAAUUUCUCUUCCAAGGCUAUUCCGUCAUAUUCUUACAUAGAGAGUUCUCUUUGACCCCAUUUAAUCGUAAUUUCACUCAUAACAGUGAGGCAUGUUUCCUAGACUACUUCGAUGGUGAUGGCAACAUUAAUCCAAAAUACAGGUCUGCAAUUUUGCAUAACAAAGCAUUGUAUGACAAAUAUAUGAACAGCGAAAAGCAACUCCUUCUUUUACCUUUUACGACUGUGAACCAGUAUUUAUGGUCUCUAAAAUCAGUGGCUAAGCUACUCAACCAGAGUGGAAGCCUCUUUUAUCUUGCUGCGGCAGUAAGUGAUUUUUUUGUUCCUUACUCACGGUUACCUGAGCAUAAGAUUCAAUCACAAGAAGCAAAUCAGAAAGAUCUCGCGGAUGGUAAUAGUCACACUACCAUAGAUGGGAAGCUUAUCGUGAAUUUGGAUCCAGUCCCAAAAUUUUUGAGAAGGCUAGUCGUGUCGUGGGCAAGAGAAGCAAUGAUAGUUUCUUUCAAAUUAGAAACAGACAACAAUAUUCUAAUUAAAAAAGCCACACAAGCACUUGAUAGGUAUAGCCACCAGUUGGUAAUUGGAAACCUUCUUCAGACAAGAAACAAGGAAGUUGUCUUGGUAUCAGAGGAAAACCGUGAAGGAGAUUGGGUCAGACUUGACUCUCAGCACAAAACAAUUGAGGAACUCAUAAUUCCAGAAGUCAUCAAGCGUCAUAGCACAUGGAUCAGAUCGCAAGCUGAAAAAUGA